ACAAUACACUUUGUCUGCAACAUUCCAGAUGAUUAUAGGAAGGAUUUGUGCUCUAAUAAUUGCUAACAUCCAGCAGUUCUAUUUGCCAUGAAUGAAGCUGAACAUGUCUGAAAUAUAAUUUGACAGGGUCACAUAUUGUGUUUAAAACGACCUCCCCACUGUUCUUAAACAUACACUGACAUAACUGCUUAAAGGGAAAAAUCCAAACAAACCUUGGCAACACUUUAAAAAAAAAUGAUUUCAAGGAAAGAAAUCGUAUGUGUACAGAAACAGAUUCAAGGCUAGCCCCGCCAGGCCCUGGGCUGCGGCAGGUGCUGGCCUUGUAGAACCAGCACGUGCUCCCGGUGUUGCCACAGGAGCGUUGGCGGCGCCCGGCAGUGCCAUGAAGGAAAAUGGCGUCGACAACCCGGCUUUCGAGCCUCCCAGCCCAACGCACGGAGCUCGGCAGAGACCCUCAGCCCCCGGCCUUGAGCGGCCCAGCUUUGACCCGGACGAGCAGUGCUGCAAGUUCGCGCCCCCAGCCCUGCAGGUUUGCAACACCCCCGAAGGCUACUUGUUCUUUUACAGCCUCCUCUCAGUUUUGCAAGGCAUUGUGGUAAAUGGACUAGUGAAUGUGAGCAUUUCCACUAUUGAGAAGCGCUUUGAAAUGAACAGCUUCCUCAGUGGUGUAAUCUCUGCCGGCUAUGACAUUUCAUUCUGUGUCUUAUGCCUUUUCGUGUCUUUCUUCGGUGCAAGAGGGCACAAACCACGAUGGCUGGCUUUGGCAUCUUUCCUGAUAGGAUUAGGAUCACUUGUGUUUUCCUUUCCACAUUUUUUUAGUGGGAAAUAUAUAUAUGGAGAGAGAUUUGAUGACACCUGCAGAACAUUUCAUCCUAGAGCACAUAACAUGUCGUGCACUGCCGAAUCCAGCUCCACACUCUCCAGAUUCUUCUAUGUUUUUCUUCUGGGACAGCUGAUAAUGGGAGCAGGAGGAACUCCCCUUUACACUCUGGGAACAGUUUUCAUUGAUGAUAGUGUCCCAAAACACACAGCUUCAAUUUAUAUAGGAAUUUCUUAUGCCAUGUCAUCAUUGGGUCCUGCUAUUGGCUAUGUGUUAGGAGGCCAGAUGCUUAGAAUCUAUGUUGAUUUCAAACAUCCGGGAAGUGUAGACAUUGAUCCAGAUGACCCACGUUGGGUUGGAGCCUGGUGGAUAUCAUUUGUUGUAUGCUGUUUCGGUACAUGGCUUUUAGUAGCACCGUUUUCAUAUUUUCCAAAACAUCUGCCAGGUACACGCAAAAUAAGAGCUGACAGGAUUUCUGAAACACAUCAUCAAGGAAGUGACACAAGUACUGAAUGCAAAGAUCUUGGGAUGAACAUUAAAGACUUUCCAGUGGCUCUCUGGAGGCUGCUGAAGAACCCUGUGUUCAUGAGUCUUAUAAUAGCUGCUUCAUUAGAAAGUAUACAAGUCACUGGCUUUGCAACUUUCUUGCCCAAAUAUAUAGAACAUCAGUUUGGAUAUUCAGCUAGUUAUUCAGCUACUUUAGCAGGGCUUGUAUUAGUUCCAGGAUCAUCAAUAGGCCUAAUGAUAAGUGGAACCUUGGUUUCCAAGCUUGAAUUGAGUUGCAAAAAUGUAAUUAAGUUUAUUAUCGCUAAUUGUUCAGUGGCACUUUUACUAAAUAUGGUGUUUCUGUUUGCUAAAUGUGGAAAUGAACCCUUUGCAGGUGUAUCUGAAACAUAUAAUGGGACAGGUACAUUAACAAACUUGUCUGCACCAUGUAAUGCUGAUUGCAGAUGCUUAGAAUCAUAUUAUUCCCCAGUGUGUGGUACAGAUGAAGUACAGUAUUUUUCUCCAUGUUAUGCAGGAUGUGCUGCAUCAUAUAUAAGACUACCUCAGAGGAAUGUAAAGGUGUAUACUAACUGUUCCUGUAUUGUGAAUCCAAAACAUCAAAUUAAAAAUAUCACUCAUGGAGCCAAGGAUGAGAGAUGUAAAUCCAAGUGUAAAGUCCUUCCUGUGUUCAUUGGCUUCUUCUUUUUUGCUGUAUUUUUUACGUUUAUGGCAGGUACACCUACAACUGUGGCUAUUCUUAGGUGCGUACCAGAAAGGCUUCGAUCAUUUGCUAUGGGUGUUCUAAUGCUGUUUAUACGAAUUCUGGGUACUAUCCCUGGACCAAUAGUGUUUGGUGUUGCAAUAGACGAAACAUGUACUUUAUGGUCAGUAGAUACAUGUGGAGUUAGGGGAUCAUGUUGGACCUAUGACAACAAAAGAAUGGCAUAUAUGUUAGUAACUAUAAGUGCAGUUGCCAAAAUAAAUACAAUUAUAUUUACUGUUGUAGCACUUGUCUUCUAUAACCCUCCACCAACUCAAACUGCAGCUUCACAGGAGAGAGAUGAAAUGGAAACUGCUGUAUAACAUGAUGAACAAACAGCUAAAACUUUCAGAGAAACUUGCAGACAAAUCUAAGACUCAAGGGACAGCUUUGAAAGAACUUGUAAUAGCAGCUAGCAUGGCAGUUGUGCCUGCUGAAAUGAAUGAUACCAGCACUUCUUGAGCAACCAGUUCAUGUUUUUAAAAUAAAUACAGCUUGUCAGGUUUA